AUGUGUCCUGUCCAUGUGUCCUUGGAGACACUGCUGUGUGCUACACUCAUGCUUGUGUCCACUUCUGGGAGUACAGAUUUGGCACCGUCUUUUAUUUCUGAGCCACUCUCUGCUGUCCAGAAACUUGGUGAACCUGUAGUAUUACAUUGUUCUGCUGAACCCAUGACUGCUCAUAUCUCAUGGUUGCUUAAUGGAGAAAGAUUGGAUCGAAAUGUGGGACACAUUAAGAUUCAUCAGGGGACUUUGACCAUCGUUUCUCUUAAUCCUUCCCUUUUGGGACACUACCAGUGCAUUGCUAAUAAUAGCAUUGGUACUGUUGUGAGUGCCCCUGCAAGAAUCUCCCCUGCAGUUCUUGGCAAUUUUGAUUCAUUACCAAAGAAUGUUAUUACAGCAGAAGAAAAAAGUGCUGGUUUCAUUGGCUGCAAGGUACCAGAUAGUAACCCCAAGGCUGAGGUGCGUUAUAAAAUUCGAGGGAAAUGGCUCAAGCAUUCCACAGAUAAAUACUUGAUUCUUCCAUCAGGAAAUCUUCACAUUUUAAAUGUAUCCUUAGAGGACAGGGGAACAUAUAAAUGUGCAAUUUAUAAUUCUGUCACUCAGGAAUUGAAAGUUGAAUCCACUGGCCAGAAGCUCCUUGUGAAUCGCCUUUCUUCAGGCUAUGUUCACAUUCUUCAUCCCACCCUGUCGCAGGCACUGGCUGUUAUUUCUCAUAGCCCUGUAACCCUGGAGUGUAUAGUGAGGGGGGUGCCCGCUUCUCAAGUACGCUGGUUGAAGGAUGGUCAGGAUGUUGUGCUGGGAAGCAGGUGGAGAAGGCUGUAUUCUCAUCUUACCACUGAUAGCAUUGAUCCAAUGGAUGCAGGGAACUAUUCUUGUGUGGUGGGAAACACAUCUGGAGACCUGAAACAUGUGACUUAUGUGGUGAAUGUGCUUGAACAUGCUUCCAUUUCUAAAGGAUUGCAAGAUCAGCUGGUGUCUCUAGGUGCCACGGUCCAUUUUUCCUGUGAUGUUCAUGGGAAUCCAGCACCCAGAUGUACCUGGUUUCAUAAUGCGCAGCCCAUUCAUCCUUCCCCACGACAUCUAUCUGCAGGAAAUGGACUCAGAAUCAGUGGGGUUACCAUGGAAGAUUCUGGACUCUAUCAAUGUGUAGCUGAUAACGGUAUUGGAUUUAUGCAGUCUACUGGAAGACUUGAAAUUAAAGUUCCUUUGAAAACAAAUACGAAAGCUGAAACAAUUACCAUGCCUGAUAUUACUCAGAGUGAUGACGGAGAUAAAAGAAAUGAUUCAGAAGCUGGAUUACUGAGCUCAUCUCCAGUGAGGCCACAUUCCAGCUCAGUGGAGUCACCAUCAGAGAAAAGUGCCAGUAAUGUGUCGGUCCCGGAUGCCCCCAUUAUCUUGAGCCCUCCACAGACCCAUACACCACACACCUACAACCUGGUCUGGAGAUCCGGAAAGGAUGGUGGGCUCCCUAUCAAUGCCUAUUUUGUAAAAUAUCGAAAGCUUGACGAUGCUGUUGCUUUGGUGGGAAGCUGGCACACAGUCCGAGUCCCGGAAAGUGAAAAUGAGCUCCAUUUAUCAGAACUGGAGCCAUCUAGUCUCUAUGAAGUCUUGAUGGUGGCAAGAAGUGCAGCAGGAGAAGGACAGCCUGCCAUGUUCACUUUCCGAACCAGCAAAGAGAAAACAGCCUCUUCAAAAAAUGCCCAAUUUCCCGCUCCACCCAGAGGCAUCCCUAAACAUCCUGCUGAUUCUGAAGCUGCAAGCAACAACUUUGGUGUGGUGCUUACUGAUUCCUCUAGGAAUAGUGGAGUUCCAGAGGCGCCAGACCGGCCCACCAUUUCCACUGCAUCAGAGACUUCAGUCUAUGUCACUUGGAUUCCUCGGGCAAAUGGUGGCUCUCCCAUUACAGCCUUCAAGGUGGAGUAUAAACGGAUGCGGAAUAGUGAUUGGCUCAUAGCAGCUGAAGAUAUUCCUCCUUCCAAACUGUCUGUGGAAGUUCGCAGUUUAGAACCAGGUUCAACAUACAAAUUCAGGGUCAUUGCCAUCAAUCAUUAUGGUGAGAGUUUUCAGAGUUUGGCUUCUCGACCUUAUCAGGUGACUGGGCGCUCUAACCGUUUUUCGAAUCGACCAAUAACUGGGCCUCACAUUGCAUACACUGAAGCGGUCAGUGAUACAGAGAUCAUGCUGAAGUGGACAUACAUUCCAGCAAGUAAUAAUAACACUCCCAUUCAAGGAUUUUAUAUCUAUUACCGUCCAACAGAUAGUGACAAUGACAGUGAUUACAAGAGGGAUAUUGUCGAAGGUUUAAAGCAGUGGCACAUGAUUGGUCAUCUGCAGCCAGAAACUUCCUAUGAUAUUAAAAUGCAGUGCUUCAAUGAAGGAGGAGCAAGCGAGUUUAGUAACGUGAUGAUCUGUGAAACUAAAGUGAAACAUAUUCCUGGAGCAUCUGAGUACCCCAUCAAAGACUUGAGUACCCCUCCAAAUUUCUCAGGAAGUGGAGGAAAUUUUGGGCCUGCAACAAGCACCACCAGGAGCAGUGAUAUGUUAUAUUUGAUUGUUGGCUGUGUGCUAGGUGUCAUGGUCCUAAUUCUUAUGGUUUUCAUUGCAAUGUGCCUAUGGAAGAACCACCAACAGAAUACCAUACAGAAAUAUGACCCACCAAGCUAUCUCUACCAAAGAGCAGAUAUUAAUGGACAGAUAAUGGAAUACACCACUCUGCCUGGCACAACCAGGAUUAACGGAAAUGUCCAUGGGAGUUUCAUGAGGAAUGGAAGUCUCCAUAGUGGCUGCUCACAUCUUCACCAUAAGGUUUCUGCUGGGGUCAGUGGACUCAUGAGUGGGAGCAUAAACCCAGGCCUUUCCUCUGGGCUUACUAACUCCCUAUCCCAGGCACGUGUGGAUUUUGAACAUCCUCAUCACCACCUAGUGAAUGGUGGUGGGAUUCACAAAGCAGUACCUGAGUGUGACCCAUUGGAGUGCAUUAACUGUCGAAAUUGUCGGAACAACAACAACAGAUACUUCACAAAAACAAAGAGCACAUUGAGCAGUGGUCCCCUUCCUUUGGUCCAAGUGGUCACCCCUUCUCCUCAGGAUGGUUUGGAAAUGACACCACUCAAUCAUGGAAAGAUGUCCCUUUGUUUGGCUUCCACAGUCCCUAGUUGUGGCCAUUUCUCUGAGGAGAACAUCAAGGACAUCUUAGUACCGGUACCUCCCCUGCAGACCUGCUGCCAGGACAGUGUGAAUGGUGUCAGCCCUGGUUGCACAGACAAUAGAGCUGAGUUCAGCAGAGGAAACAACAGUGUCCCUUCAGAAAUAGAGAAUGCACUUUUAAGUUGGAAUCCUGUUAUUUUGCCACCUGUCUCAAAUGACUAUACUGAAAAGACAGUUUGGUUUCCAGCAGCCAUCCCUUUGGACAGCCCUUCAGCAGCCCUUCAGCAACCCCAGGAAAGCUGA